AUGCCGUUCAUCGAUGAGGAUGACCUCUUCUACUUCAUGUCCGAAGCUGACGGCGAUGAAAAUAAUUAAGGCCGGUUCACGUUCAAUGGCAUCGUAGCCGUCGCACCUAGCGUCCAGGCUGAUGCGAAACCCCCUUGAAACUUGAAACCCUCUCUCAUAGGUGAGUCAACUUCUAUCCUAUCCUAUUUUUAGACUUAGAAGACAUACUAGAGGACAUGGACAAAGUAUACCAGGUAACAAUCGCAUUUACAUAUUCAUCAGUGCAACAGAAGCUAUGUACGAUGCCACUCAUUGAGAGCGAAGAUAUGGGAGGAAGGUCGUUCCACCUAGGUGGGAAGGCAAAGAGGGAGCGACAUCCUCCUAUCGACGUUCUCAAGAAUGAGUGGAAGCAUUCACAGGCAUAGGCAACGUUGACAUUCAUUACUGCAACAACAGCUCAUAUUUUUAUACCAUAUUCGUACACCAACUAAGAUUCACAAAUCGGUAAGUACACGCAUACACUAAUUAGAAUACCGAUACGUAGACAAGGCAACAACAGGUACUAUACUAGAUUCUCGCAUGGUUCUGAUGCUGUAACACUCUGUGGACGCGGCUCAGAAGCCGAAACCUACUAGAUACCUAAGCUACAACUAAACAGAUGAAUAUUAAUAUACCAUGCCCAGCUCUAAAGAAACCAGAUCGAAUAUCAGGAAUUCAUCCCGGUGGCACUGCAGAUAAUGCAGACAAUGUAUUGAGUUUUGCUUUCCAGUCUCAACACGACAAUAACCGACGUUUAUUCGUGUAUGUAGUCUACACGACAAUAAAGUAGCGCUCCUAACAUUGAGCUAAGUAGUCUGAGUUUUCUUUGCAUCCGUACAACCUCCUUCACGCAACAUCAUUUUUCACUUCACUCCUCCGCACAAACAUAUCAGGUACUCGAGGAAAAAACUUGAGAAGACGAAAGAUCAAGUGAGAGCGCAGGCACAGAAUAUACUAGUACACGGCAUGACACGAGAGGAGUUAGAAAGCGUCCUUUCACGGCUAUUCUCGAGCUUCGACUCAGACAAGUAUUAAAGAAUCAAUUUUACAUCUUCCAUCUUGUUCUUGAUCCCUUUCAAGAGGAGAGUUUGCAUAUUAUCGCUUAUCACCAUUGAUUUUUUAAUGAUCAAAUAUGGAAUUUGAGCUUGCUUAAAUUUCUGUUUAUGUUGUCGUCUUGAGGUGUAAUCAAUGUUGUCGGUGAGAUCUUGGUACAUUUAUCUCACACUUCAGUUCCGGCACCCUUUCAAGAGGAGAGUUUGAAAAAGCGUUGUCAUCAAUGGAUUUAGGCCUUACACGGAAGGAGAUAAAUAGCAUCCUGUUCCAGUAUGACGGGAACGAUGACGGCGCAAUAUCAUAUCAAGAAUUCAUGCCCUUUGCGUUUGGUAUCGACUCAUUUUACUGAAAUUUUACUGAAAGUUGUUAUUGUUAUACUACCUAGUAUUAAGAAAAAGAAGUAAAACUAUACUGUAAAAACUACUUGCAAUAGGUGCUGGAAUACGAGGAUCAUUUGUCGGCUGCAGAAGCAGUACAUCAGGCACAGCCAACUGCGCAGUUGGCUUAGUGGUUUAGGCGUUGGCCCGUUCACUUGUCAGGCACUACUGAAUUUAUAGGUGAAGGUAGCGCGUCACUUUCUACUUAAUUUUCUGUCUCUCUGGUACAGAUACAAACAUGCACAACGAAGGAUGAUAAGUAACUUUUUUGCUUAUUUUUCAAAAAAUGACAUACUACUCAGAUCUCCUCGCAAAAUUGACCGAGAUGCAUAUAUUUGAGACACAGCUGGAAAAUGACGAGCUAGGUCAAUUUCUCGUAGAUCUCUUCAAAGCAAAGGAGGUUGAGAUGCAGGGACUGUGUCCGCCAGGUAUUGUUUUUUAGUCUUUGAACUUACUAGAAGUAUAGUCCUCCAGCUCGCUCCUAGAAGUAGUUGCAGUAGAUGUAAAAUGAGAGAUUCUGAAAAAUAAGUAGAGUAAAAGAGUGUGAGUGCUGAGAACAAUAAGAGAUUUAGAUUUUUGCUUUUCUUUAAUUCUCAGGACCACUAUCAUAGUAGUCUUCGUGUUCGUCCACGUCCUCAUGACGCGGGAUGCGAACAGGUAUGCUGCCAAUAGAGGAGGUCAAGGAUUUGUUACAUCAGGCGUCGUUAGGUCUGACCCGAUUGCAGGUCAUCGCCGUCGUGUCAGCUGCGGAAGUUAGUGAUGACGGUACCUUCUACUUCACCAUAGAUAGUCAGGGAUUCAAUGAUGGGCACCAUAGAUAGCAAGUGAUGAUUGUACAACAGCGCCCAUUGAUCAUUGAUCUCAAUCUCUUUUUUCAACCUCAUCUUCAUCAGGUUUCAUCAACUUGUUCAUACCCCUAUUCAUUCUCUAAAACGACCCUAUUCAUUCUCUAAAACGACCCUCUUCAUUCUCAUCAGGCUUAGUGAACUACAUGCAGUUUAUACCACAAGCAGUCGAGGUAGCAAAAGGGCUUAUCAAAUUCGAGGAAAACCUCAAUACCGCAGUGGAAGCGAGGGACACAGUCAUGGUCGUGCAGGAUACGCUUGCAGCGAUGCCGUGUCCAAGUACUUUUUAGCGACAGAUGAAACUCCUGAAAUACAGACUAUUUGUUUAGCUCCUGCUCUAUAUGAGGACCAGUGUAAGUAUAUUAGCAUUAGAGGAGUGACCAUCUGAGUUGUCGAGAUUUUGAAGACUGACUCUAAAUCCAAUUCUACUAAGAACAGUAGUACUAUGUAUACUUUCUGAAACUGAAAGUGGUUGUACCAUACAGCUGACCUUUUCAAUUCAGAAGUUGUACAAACUGCUUACUUUCAUCUACAAGCACAACUACCAUCUGAUUAUACUGAAAGUGGUUGCUCCAUACACCAGAUUACUUCAUCAAACUACAACAAGACUCCCUUUCCUCCACCAGGUCGCUUCGUACCAGAGGGGUUCAAACAAGUACAGGCUCCCUUUCCUCCACCAGGUCCCUUCGUACAAGGGGGGUUCAAACUAGAAUAAACUCCCUUUCCUCCACCAGGUCCCUUCGCUGAUGUAGAGGCUGCUAUCAAUUCAUUAGGACUUGAGCCCGCACAGGCCAAGGCGUUGCUGCUGGCAGCUAAGUUUAAGGCUUAAUACAGUAAUUCAUCUUCGAAAGAAGAAGCAUCUUACUUCUUGUUUGGCCUGUGUUUGUUUAAGGGAAGGAAAACACGCCAAAUUAAGACGCAUUUCAUCAAGAUGAAUAUCAUAAGUAAAAAGGUCUAAUAAGAUUGCGAAACUAGGAGACGGUAUCGACACUGCGCAGGUGGCGCAAGAUGUUCCUAAUAUCUUCAAGAAUGUCACCAAAAAGAAAUGAGUAGAACUGGGUAUCUGUGAAUUAUCGAACUACUGACGCCAGAACCUCCGACUAGAGACUAGAAGACUGCUACUUGUAAGAAGUGGGGAGACAGCAGGGAGCAUAGACUACAGCUAGUUGUACUUAGUUGUCGCCGUACUGGUGCUCGUUGUGUACUGAGUUUUAGAUGAUUUAGAUUGAACUCUUGAAAUACAAUUUACAACACCUUGUUCUCUGAGUUCUAAAUCCAAAUUGAGAGAAACAACUUAAUUUCACUACGUCCAAACGCAACAAUUUGACUACGUCCAAACGCAAAGCCAAAGAUUAUCAUGACUUAUACAUAGAAGAAGAAGGUUGCGGCCUGAGAAAAUGAACACUUGCUUCUGAAAGAGACCUAACCUAACCUAACGAAUAAGAUAGAAAGAAGAGCAAGUAACAGUAUGAUCAUGAUAAGCGACUUUUUCGUUAGUACAACUUGUAACCAACUAAUGAAUACACCUGGCCAGUGUUACGCGAGCAAGGUGGUAUUGAGAGCCAGAUCGUAGGAUAAAUUCGCCUUAUUUAUUGCCAAGGUUGGUUGUAUCUAAGAAUAAAGACAAAGAUUAAGACUUCUGCGUCUCCAACAACAACAACAACACAACACAAGGUGGCUUUGGCUAUCCUGAUGCAAC